AGGAGGAGGAGAGGAGGAGAGAGAGGAGAGGAGAGGAGAGGAGGAGGAGAAGAGGAGGAGGAGCGUGUCCGUGGGAGACGAAGAAUCACGGUGCAGUGAAGCCGACAGAGACGGACCGUCCCCCGCCCACAUCCACCGACGCGUCCGCCGCCUCCGAUGGGUUAACGUCGGUCGGUUCUUCCGGAGAACCGUCGCAGAGCCUCGGAGCUUCACACCUGCUCCCCCCGACCUGCGGAGUUGCAGGGGCCGGAUGAUGUAGGCACCACCUGCCCCUCUGCACCAUCACCCCCCCGCGUCCCUCCACCAUGCCGGCGGGGAUGAAGCCGCUGGAGAAGUUCCUGAAGAAGCAGACCACGGCGCUGACCCGGGCCGGGGGCUUCGUCGGCGGGGUGGCGGACAAGGCCAGCGGGGGAACCGGCGCGUCCCGCCGGAGGGCCAGUCUGUCCCGGGUCGUGCCCUUCUUCAGGGAGACGUCACCGGAGAGCGGCCAGGCCCGGGAGGUGUUCAGCCCCGACAGCGAGGACCCCCCCUCCUGGCCCUCGGCUGUUGGCACCGCUCCGGUCACAGUGCCCAGUAGCGCUAACGGCUCUGGAUCCGGAUCUGGUUCUGGUUCCGGAGGAGGAGACGUCCGCAGUCCGUCUCUGUCCAGUGACGAGCAGAGCUCAGAGGCCAGCCUCAUCACGGAGACGGGCGGAGGAGGAGGGGGCGGGACACCUCUUCCUCCCGACACACCAGACAACCUGACCCUCGCCGUGCUGGACAGCGUGGCGGGAAAACGUUACGGACACUGCACAGAAACUCUGCUGGACGACUUCAUGUUGACUCAUCCCAUCUUCCUGACGGCCGACAGGCUCCAGCAGGUUCUGCUGCAGCAAUUCACUCUGCAGACGGAGGCAGAGCCUGAGAGGAGAGGGGGCGGGGCCGAGAGACACGGAGAGAUGGACGCCGCGGAGAGGAAGCAGGCGGUUCUGAGUGUCGCGUUCAGAUACAUGGACACGUACAGAGAACUGCUGCAGGAGGAGGGAGAGAGAGGGUACAGCUUCACCAAGGAGCUCUACCUGUGUGCGCUCCAGGAGUUGACCCGGUGUCCGGAGCUGGUGGACGACGUCCUGAAGCUGCAGAGAUGGACGGAGAUCUUACACUGCCCCUGUGACGAGGAGAAGGAGAUCAGGAAGAAGCAGGUCCGUCCUCUGUUCAGACACUUCAGACGUAUCGACGCCUGCCUGCAGCCCAGAGAGGCGUUCAGGGGCUCCGACGAGAUCUUCUGCAGGGUCUACACACCCGAUCAUUCCUACGUGACCAUCAGGAGUCGUCUGUCCUGUCGGGUCGGAGAGAUUCUGGCUCUGGUGCGAGAGAAGCUCCAGUACAGUGAAGACCAACCGGUGCAGCCCGGGAACCUCAUGCUGGUGGCCGUGACCUCGGCUGGAGAAAAAGCCGUGUUCCGUCCCAGUGACGAAGCCGUGUUCACCACGCUGGGCGUCAACACGCAUCUGUUCGCCUGCGAGCCGUCUGAGCUCGACUCACUGCUUCCUCUUCCGGAGGAAAUCCACUGGACACCCGGCGACAGCAAACUGCACGACAUGUCUGCGGAGGAAGUGGCCAAUCAGCUGGUGGCGUUCGACUGGGAGCUGUUCAGCUGCGUGCACGAGGUGGAGUUCGUGUGUUACGUGUUCCACGGCGAGCAGGCGCGCUGGCGCCCCCUCAACCUGGAGCUGGUACUGCAGCGCUGCAGCGAGGUGCAGCACUGGGUCGCCACGGAGAUCCUGCAGUGUCAGUCGCUGCCCAAGAGAAUCCAGCUGCUGCGCAAGUUCAUCAAGAUCGCCGCCCUCUGUAAGCAGCAGCAGGACCUGCUGUCCUUCCUCGCCGUGGUUCUGGGUCUGGACAACCCGGCCCUCGGACGACUGCGACUCACCUGGGAGGGACUCCCGGGGAAGUUCAGGAAGCAGUUCCAGCAGUUUGAGAGCGUCGCGGAUCCGUCCAGGAACCACAAGUCGUACAGAGACUUGAUCACCAGCCUCCGACCUCCACUGAUCCCCUUCACUCCUCUGCUGCUCAAAGAUCUGACGUUUCUUCAUGAGAGCUGCAAGACGUUUCAUGGUGAACUCGUCAACUUUGAGAAGAUGCACAAAGUGGCCGACAUGGUGAGGAUCAUCAGACGAUACAGGAGCUCUCAGCUAGCCAUGGAUACGGAGUCGUCUCCCUCCCACCUGCAGACGAAGGCCUACGUCCGUCAGCUGCAGGUGAUCGACAACCAGAACCUGCUGUUCGACAUGUCCUGCAAACUGGAGCCCAAAGACACAUAGAGGGGGGGCAGGAAGAGGAGGAGGAGGAGGAGCAGGGGGGGCGACGGCGUUCAGAUCCUUUUAAUCUGGAAGUUUGUUCAGAAACGAUUAAGUAAAGAGAGAAACACUGAACCUUUGACUCUUCAUCAACAUCCAUCACUUGACCUCUUGACCUUUGACCUUCUCUCUGCUCCUCAUCACUUCAGCAGCAGCUGGAAGAGAAACUGGUCACGUGACGACAACACAUCACAAAGAAGUUUGUUUAUGACAUUGUUUCCUGUUGUGAUGUCAGAGGUGAAACAGGAAGUAGAAACAGACUCCUCUGCCCCGCCCACUUCUCCAUCCUCCAAAGCAAGUGGCCCCAAAGACGAGACCAGGAAGUGAAAGUGACACGGUGGAGUGAUGCAUUAUGGGCCGUAGAGCUGCAGCCUUUGUUCCACUCUAAAACUGUCGAGUUUGAUUCGUCUUCGUCUCAACGAACGAAACAAGAAUCUCGCUCAGAGAAGCGCUGCCGUCGUGUUUCACCUCGUACGGAACGUCAUGAUCAUAAUCAUCAGCUGUUGGUUGACAGUAACCGCAGGUCAAAGGUCGUACGACCUCAUCGUACCACAGACAAUGAUCCUGAGAAUCCAGACGAACACGACGUCUCUGAAGAAGGAUUUUCAAAAAGACGAUGGAAGAAUUCAUCUCUGUCGAACAUGAGCAGAAUCUUUGAAAUUAAUUUUCACAUUUUUUUAAAUUUUCACGAUAUGAACUACGAGUUUAUCACAAACCCGUCGACUGGAUUUUCACGCCCGAGAAUAUUGUUCCUUCAAAAUACUGAAAACUGAUUCACGUCAAAUAAAGGAGACGAAGAUCCGUCACGUGUCCCUGGUUUACAUCAGAUGACCUCUGACCUCUGUCCUGCUGCCAUAUUCCCCACAGGGAUCAGGGACGAUGCGUUCACUGACAGUAUGUGACAAACGUCGUCACGGUGCGUUCGGGGGCUCGGACGACGGUCACACGGCGUCGGGAAAAACUUUAUCGUUCUCAGCGUUUGGGAUCAAACUGCUGCCGCUGCCACAGAGCCGCCCUCUGAUUGGUCGGCUCGGCGGACGGAUGUCCGAGGCAAUAACACAGCGACAGGAAGUGGAGCUAGUUGGUCGACUCCGCGCGUCAACGAGGCACUUUUGCCAAAACCUCAGGGCUCCGAGGUUUUGUUUACUCUUGAUUCUUGAUUCUGUGUUUGUGCAGCUGAUCGCAGCUUCAUUAGGUCUUCGAACUGGGCUGUAGUUGUUCCUCUGGUCCGGGUCCAGGUCCGAGACCAGUUCCGGGUCCGGGUUUGAGACCAGGUCCGGGUCCGAGACCAGGUCCAGGUCAGAGUCCAGGUCCGAGACCAGGUCCGGGAUCCGGGUCCGGGUCCAGGUCCGAGACCAGGUCCGGGUCCGAGACCAGGUCCGGGUCCGGGUCCGAGACCAGGUCCGGGUCCAGGUCCGGGUCCAGGUCCGGGUCCUGGUCCGGGUCCAGGUCCAGGUCCGGGUCCGGGUCCGGGUCCGAGAGAGAGAGAAAGAAAAACCUCCAUCUGAAGUCGAUGAUUUAAGAACAGGUUCAUAAUUCUUAACAUUCGUAUCACAAACGUCGGAGUGAGACGCUCCACAAGUUCUUUAUUGAAUCCUCUUGGUACGGAGUCAUUUCCAUCACCUCUGUAUCUCUGGUGUCUGAUGCUGCGUCACGCCGGACGCGUGUCGAUCAGAUACAGUGUCAACGCGUUUUACAGUUACUGUACAAUGAGCCUGAAGAGACAAAGUCACGUUUCAUGUUUCAUGAACUUUUCAUUUGUUAGAUAACAAACAUUUUAUUUCCAGUUGGUUUGAAGACUUUUAUCACGAUGGAGGUUUUUUUUCAAUCAGAUGUUGUAAAUAUUAUACAUUUUUAAUAAAUCUUCUUACCGUCAGAAACUUUCUCUCUGCUCACGAGAGUCGAGAGAUAAAACUGGUUUAUGAGCAAAAAGGAAAUUUAACGAGCAGAUUCUGGAAUUCUGUUGAAAUUUGAAGACAAUAAAUUCGAUAUAAAGUUUAUAUUUUAUGAAAAAAAAAAUAAUCAUGACAUCAACAACAUUUAUGAUAAAAUGAAAUGUGAGGCCCCUCCUUUAUUUAUUCAGAUGAAUAUUCAGCGUGACGUUCAGUGGAUCACUUCCUGUCAGCUGACGCGUCACAUGACAGUCUCACAUCCGAGUCAACGAGUUUGUGUGAAAUCACUUCAAAUGAUCUUCGAUGAAAAGUUCAGGACACGAUCGGAAAACUCAGAUCAGCUGAGACGAAACCUGCGAAACGGUUUUAAUCUCAAAACAAAAACUUUCCCACAACCUCCAAUAAUCUGAGAGUUUGUUGUAGUUUCACACUCGGGACAAACGUUGUGAAUCUGAAAUAUGAAACGUGAUGCGGCGACGCCCGGUGAAGAUGAUGACAUCAUCACUAGUCUGUAGGUGGCGCCCUCAGGACCACUUCCUGGGUGUCGCCGCUUCAUUAUGGAUCCCAGCCUGAACGACUCUGAUCUGAGUCCAAACCGACGGAAGCCAAUCACAGCGCUGCGAUUCUGCCGGGAUCCAUAAUGUCAGUGUCGCCUGGAAACACUGGAAAAAAAUUCAAAUGUGUAAAUAUUGCAACUGUGUAAAUACGCAAAUACUAACGAAGACUCUAUUUUAUGUAUAAACGGAGCGAGAAACGUGAUUCUGUGAUUUUUAUUUGUGGCGGUGAAAACAAUGAACUUUAUGAAUUUAUGAAUUGUACAGUAACUUUUCUUCGGUUGGUUUGUUCCGUUGUUUUCUAUCGAAGUUUCUUUUUCUUUUUGUACAGAAGUGGUUGUUUACACGUCUCGGACGACGUGAUUGGAGCAGAGGUCUGGAGCCUCGGCUUCGUAUUACAGAAAUAUUCUGCGCUGGUUUUGCAUAUUGUUAUUAUUAUUAUGAAGUAUUCAGAGCAUUGGGUUGCGCGAUGUAACCAUGACAUUGCAAUAAUCCUUUCAUCAAAGCAAUAUAACUAAAGUUCAUUAAAUAACGAUAUGUUGCUUAUGCUGAGAUAUAAUAAUGUUGUUCUUCAGAUCUGUCAAAUGUUUUGUUGAUUAUUAAAUAUUCAUCAUUUUCUGAUCAUAAAUAGGUAAACCACAACCUUCACUCAGAAUCUGCCUUUAAGUUUAAAAGAAUAAUUAUGUGAGAUUUAUUGCGAUAAUUAUCGAUAUCGGAAUUUUUUAUUUUUUUUUUAAUCCUACUUUUCGUGCGAUGAGAGCGACUGUUACAAAAAAUACAAUCUAUAGAUUCUGAGAAAUUCAUGAGAAAAAUGUUACAAUUAUAAAGUUAUAAUUGUGCAAGAAAAAAUCUUUUUCAGAAUAAUGAGCCAAAUUAUUAAAUUGUGAAACAAUAUUAAGUUUUCAUUUUACAAGAGUCAUAAUGUCAUUUAAAAAAUUAUAAUAUUUUGAGAAAAAGUUUCAAACUUUCAAGAUGUGAUUAAGCGGAUGGAUUGAUUUUGUGGCACGAAUAUAAAACUUUUCAUUUUUACGAAGAAAAUCAAGAUAUUUUUACAGAAUAAACACGAGUUUUGUAAAAAAAUAAAAUAGGGUAUGACAGAAAGCUACAAAUUAUAGAUUCUAAUUAUGAUAAUAUAACAUUUUAUUCUUUCAUAAAUUUACGUUGCUGAUCGUCGGCUUUAUUAAACCUUUAUUCUUAAAAUCCUGUGACAUUUUUUGAAUUAAAUUAGUAAAUUAUUCAAGAAUUUUACAAGUUUUCUACAUAAACUACUACAUUAUGUCACUGCCGUAGAGAUGCUUCACUUUAUUCAAUGUGCGAUAAUUAUAGUUAAUCAUGUUUUGUUCUGAAUGGUUUUGAAAUGCUGCCAAUGAGACGGUCAGGUGUUUUUCUUUUACAGUGUUUUGAAAAACAAAUCUCUUCUAAUGUCGAUGAAAAAAGUCUUUUGAAUGGGAGUUGUUCUUUUAAAUAAAACCUUGUUUGUACAGAUACAAAUUCAGGACCGAUGUGGAAGUUUGGGUCCAAGUUUUGAUUCUGUUGGAUAUUGAUCCUACUGCCUGUGAUCAGACCUCUGCUCCUCUGUCACUACAGACACUGAAAUAAAACCUACAGACGACAAA